AUGGCACAUUACCAAGGAAUUGGAAAUGGAAAGGACAGUAUUGUAGUAUUUCUGGACCUCGAAAAAGCUUUUGAACUCGCCAACAAAGAUGCCAUCCUUUCUUCAUUAGCAGAGAAAGGCCUGAAGGGUAAACUCCUCUGCUGGCUACAGGACUACCUGACCGACAGGCGUGCUAAAAUCAGAUUCCAGGGUCAUCUGUCCAACUCUUACAACUUUGAGAAUGGAACCCCUCAGGGAGGUCUCCUAAGUCCAUUCCUUUUCAACAUCAUGGUUUCCAACUUAAUGACAAUCCACUUCCCAGCAAAUGUACACUUGUUAGCAUAUGCUGAUGACAUACAACUCGUGGCCACAGGUCCAAACCGACAUAUCAAUGCCCAAUCAGCACUUGACGCAAUUGAAGCAAAAAGCAAAGAACUGGGACUCAAAGUUAACCCCGACAAAUCUAAAGCACUCCAGGUAAACAGGAUAGUUGCAUAUCACCAACUCUAUAUUGGCAACAUACCACUUGAGUGGGUCCCAUCCUAUAAAUGCCUCGGCAUCUUCUUCAACUCCAAACUUUCAGCUACCACACACCUUCGUUUCCUAUUAAGAAGCACACAGUCCCGCUUAAAUGUUCUACGAAGACUCACAUCCUCCAAAUUAGGCGCUGGGUUCAAGGUAUUACGCCUCUUCUACACACAUGCCAUAAGAUCCUUAGUUGAUUACAGCGCACCAGCACUCCUGACUUUAAAACCUGAUCAACUAGCUUCCCUGGAAACAAUACAGAACCGAGCCAUGAGGACCAUCCUUGCUGCACCUACAUGGACAAGGCUUGCCAAUCUUCGAGUAGAAACAUAUUUAACAUCUCUCCAUAAUAGGACUCAGCAACUGUCCGUUAGUCUCUGCUCGAAAAUUAUAACAUCAACAAGACCUUCCCCCUUGAAGUCAAUCAACCAUCUACUCAACAACCAAGAACUAUGCCACAGUGCAAGAUGGCACGGCCAGUUAGUAAAGGCAUUCCACUCCUUAAACACCCUUCAAAUAUUAACCGCAAGAGGCAUAGAUAGUGUGCACCCACACUAUCAACCUAAUCCACCAUGGAGAGACUGGGAAGCAAAUAUCCGAACCGAUACCAUUCCCACCAAGAAAGCUCUCUGCACUCCGGCCAUGAUUGCUCAACUGGAGGCAAAUAUAGCUUCACUCAGACAACCAGAAGCUCUCUUACUAUUCACUGACGGCUCGGUCGAUCAAACAAAUGGCAAAGCAGGAGCAGCCUUUAUUACCAACGGAACCAGUGUUGCACGUCGAGUCUCAAAUGGAGCUUCCACUCUACAAACAGAAUUAUAUGCCAUCAAAAUGGCACUAAAAUAUGCACUGUAUCAAACACAUUCAACCAUCCACAUAUUCACAGACUCCCUCUCAGCCUUACAGGUUCUAAGGAGAACCCAAGCCACAGACAACUUAAGGCUUAUCUCAACAGUCCUGUUCCAUAUACGACAACUAAAAGAACAGGAGAAAAUCCUAACUUUCUGGUGGAUACCAAGCCAUGUCAAUAUCACAGGCAACGAUUUAGCUGACACUGCUGCUAAAAACAGCCUCAAGAACCUCUUAGUCACAGGCCACAUUCCUCCAAGCCUCAGCCAGCUGAAGAAGCACGUACGGAGAGCCGCUUACGAAACUCUCCUCAUCGAGCACCGUGCAUGGGUCAUUGCAGGCUCACCAUCCGCAAGCUGGUACAAGAUAGUUACUGAAUGCAAUCCCCCCUUCCUUGUCAACAACCUCUCACGAAACACCGCUGCCAUCUUUCACAGACUUCGCUUGGGUUACCGCUGCAAUUGGGAGAUUGACAUGCGGUUCCCAAGCCUUGUACAUUGUGCGACACAAUCACUCAAGACCCCUGAUACACUACGUACUACUGCCCAAGCAUCCAACAUCUCCGACCCAGGAAAUUCCACAGCAACAACCGACAAGAUGAAAGCCACUUUGCAUCUACAGCUGCCAGAUGCCUAG